CCGAGCUAAUCGAACUGUGCGGGAGUGAUUGGCUGACACGUAUAUUCUUCCUGUUGUGUUCUCUGGAAAAUUAGCCGUAUUUACCGCUAUUUUCUGUUGGAAACGAUCAAAAACCCGUUUAUCGCAAUGUUUCGCAAGUAAUCUACCGGCUACCGGUGAAGUUGGCGUGUGUUUGAUCGCGAAAAAGUGCCGAGAGGGUAUCUCGGUUCAAAAACUGGACCGAAACGAAAAAAAACUUAGAAGAACAAGCAGAAGCAACAAGGGUUGCGGACGGAAGUACGGCUGUAAAAAAUGGAUGCACUCGGGAUUGUUUUGAUUGCGGUUCUGCUGGUGGUGAUGGAGGUGAACGGUGAAGCGGUGGUGAAUUCCGGUGGUCCACAGAUGGUGAAACUGCUGGACGAACCAAACUGCCCACAGCUACGGGCGCUUUGCCCCAAUGUUCCGAAUGGGGCUGAAGAUCUGAAGGCACUGGAGUGCAUGCAGAACUUGUCCCAGGAACAAGUGGACGCCCUGACGGAUGAUUGCCAGCAUUUGAUCUGGAGCCACACGCUCGCCCUAAUGGAUGAUAAGAACGUACAGCGGUUGGUGCAGAAAGGUUGUCCCAAACACUACGAUAAAUUUCCUUGUUCGGUCCAGUCGGAUGCGGGUCAAUUCUUGGCUUGCGUGAUCGAUCACCGGGAUCUUAUCAAAGGCAACGGCUGUCGGGAGUUUAUUCAACGAUUGGAAUACGUAGCCUUUUCGGAUUAUCGGUUGAUAGGGCCAUUUCUGAAGGAUUGCACCCGGGACAUCGAGACGCUCAGUUGCGGACGGAUCAGUAACGAUAACCGGAAAGUGUCGCAAGGGGAAACCAUUUCAUGCCUGCAGAAUCAAUUGGACCGGUUGAAUGGGGAGUGCAAGAAGGGCGUGUUGCAUUUGUCGGAAAUUCAGAGUGACGAUGUCAAGUUGGAUCGGCAGCUGUUCCUGUCCUGUGCAGUAGAUGCCAUUCGGUUCUGUCCGUCGAUUCCUCCGGGGUCGCACAUGGUUCUACGGUGUUUGAUGAAGAACCGAAACGAUGCAAGUAUGACUGACCAUUGCCAGAAGCAGCUGUUGCGAAGGGAAAAGCUGAUAGCUCACGAUUACAAAGUGAGUAAAGGAUUGACGCGAGCUUGCAAGGAGGACAUUAAGCUCCAUCACUGUCGGCGGGGUGUUUCCGACGAUAAGGAUGUUCGGUUGGCGCAGAUUUUACUCUGUCUGGAGGCAGUCCAAAAGAACAAUACAAAGUUGGGCUCUGAUUGUGUUGCCGAGAUCAACGACCAUAGAAGAAUGUUGAUGGAGGACUAUAAACUUUCGCCGGAGAUUCUGACCGGUUGUGCGGAUGAUAUCGAAAAGUUUUGUAGUAAUCUUGAUGCCGGAGGCAAAACGAUCCACUGUUUGAUGGACCACGCCAGACCGAAGAAGAAGAAGGAACGUCGUGUGACGGAAGUUUGCCAGCGUGCCCUGGAGACGCUCGUUAAGGUGGCCGAUGUCGGUGAAGAUUGGCGUGUCGAUCCGGUGCUGAGGAAAGCUUGCAAACCUGUGGUGGAUGUUGCUUGUUCCGACACGGAAGGCGGCGAUGCACGGGUCAUGUCCUGUCUGAUGGAGAAAAUCGGCACGAACUUCAUGAACCAGGAAUGUGAAACUGCAUUGCUACAGAUUCAGUAUUUCGUCGCUAGAGAUUUCAAACUGGAUCCGCAGCUUUACAGAAAUUGCAAGGAUGACGCCAUUCGGUUCUGCAAAGCGAAGAAAACGUGGGCCGAUUUGGAAACGGGACAGAUGGAUCCGGAGCGGGGACCGCUGAUCCUUCCCUGUCUGCAUCGCUAUGCCUACCAUCCGGAGAAGGAAAUGCAGCUGAAGCAGGAGUGCUUCCAGGAGGUCAAACGGGUCAUGCGUCAGCGAGCACGUUCCGUCGAUUUAAUCCCCGAAGUGGAAGACGAAUGCAUCGACGAUCUGGCUUAUUUCUGCUUCGACAAAACCGGCAAAGGCGAGGAGAUGCUGUGUCUGCAGGAGAAUCUGGAAAAACUCCAGCAAAAGUGCAAGGAUGCCGUAAGCAGUUUUACCGAAGAGGAAGCAGCACACAUCGAGCUGAAUCCGGUGAUCAUGACCGUCUGCGGAGAUGCCAUGCAGAAACACUGUGCGGAAAUUCUCAAAACCGGCAAAGACGAAGGUGACAUGAUGGAGUGCUUGAUUUCCUACAAGAACGACCCGGACAUGCGAAACGACGUCAAAUGCCGAGCAGCGGUCGAACACUUCCAGAUCAUAACGCUGAAAAACUACCAUUUCACGUACAAAUUCAAGGAAGCCUGCCGACCGUACGUGGCCCGUUUCUGUCCGCAGAGCAACACCAAGUACGACGUGGUGACUUGCCUCAGCGAGGUGAUGCGAAACGAUACGAUCAAGGGGGCGAAGCAUUCGAUUCCGAAAGAGUGCCGCCAGCAAGUGCGGGCCCAGUUGUACCAGCAGCGGGAGAACAUCGACUUCGAUCCGAAACUAAAGGCCGCCUGUCGAGACGAGAUCAGCACGUACUGCUUCAACAUUCCGCACGGAUCCGGCCAGGUGAAUAAGAACAAUGUCCUGGAAUGUCUUCAAACGCACCACGGCAAGCUGGGUGAACAGUGCCAGCACAUGUUAUUUAUCAUCAAGAAAUCCGAACUGACCGACAGUUCAACGGACUACAUCCUGCUGAGCACGUGCAAGGAGAUGAUCCAUCAGUACUGCCGUGACACGGAACCGACCACCGUUUUGGGUUGUCUGAAAAUUCACAAAGAAGAAAACCUAUUCGACGGCCGGUGCCAUCUGGUGGUGGUCAAUCGGAUGAUCGAACAGAACAUGGACUACCGGUUCAAUCCGAUGCUGCAGAAUGCCUGCGCGCGGGAUAUCGCCGAUCAUUGCACGGACAUCGUGGCUGGGGCGAAAGCGAACGAAGAACUGAACGGUAAGGUGAUCGAUUGUUUGAAGGUUAAGUUCCGCGAGGGAAAAUUGCACACGGAAUGCGAGAAACAGAUGACAGAAGUCCUGCACGAGCAAGCGUUGAACUAUAAACUGAAUCCACUGUUGCAAAGCGUUUGCAAGGACGAAAUUCAGGUACUGUGUAGUUCAACGGCUGAGGAUACUGGGGCCGUGGAGGAUCACGGCAUGGUGGAAGAGUGCUUAAAGCAGGCCUUCCUUCAGAAGCGAAUAAUCAAUCAAGCUUGCAAGGUAGAAGUGGCGGAACUGAUCCAGGAGGGCAAGGCAGAUAUCUACGCCGAUCCGAUGCUGCAGCGAGCUUGUGCAGUGGAUUUGCUCAAGUACUGCUCCCUUGUUCAGAGUGGCAACGGACGAUUGCUGAAAUGCUUGGAAGUCAUCCUGCAGGACGAAUCGAAGGCAUUGGAUGAUGACUGCAAAAAUACGCUGACAAAGCGAAUGGAAAUGUUCCGGAAUGCUGCCGUGGUGAUACCGCAAGCGGAGAGCCUCAGCCAGCUGUACACUCAGGUGGUGGAUUCGCCCUCGAAGCACUACUUCCUGCUGGUGAUGUUUGGCUGCGUGAGCAUAAUCUUCAUCUCCGGGCUGCUAUGCGGUCGCGUCUCACGGCGGACGAUCGCCAUGAAAAACAAAUAGUCACGGCGGUGCAGAUCGUUUCGGCGCCCGAAUGCCGCCAAACAACUGCUGAUCGCUUAUUUGUAAGUUUUCCGACUUUGGUUUUCCGUGGUUUUGCUAUUUUAGUGGAACAAACCCGUUCGAGCCAAUAUGAUUCAAGGAGAGUGUCAUUCGUGGUGAGUAUGGAUGAAUGAUCAACACAUGUCUGCCGUUGAACUUUCGUGUCUGUGUUAAUAGAACUGGUAUGAUUAUAGUUUAGAAAAAAUAAAUAUCGCUCCUUCCAGCUACGCUAUCACUACUAGUAAUCCAAACUAAUUUGUGUAAACGUAGCAUUAUUUUUGCGAGUAACAUUUAUGUUACUUGAUUGUGGCGCUUGUCCUCGACCAACAUUCUUUUGUAAUAUAUUAGUUAGAUAUGUUUUGUAUACAGACAGGACGAGCGCGAGACUGUGUUUUCACUUAAGUCACCUUUCUCCCUCCUAUAUGUGACUAAUCCCCAUUUCAAUUGAAACAAAAUUCUUGAAGAACAAAAGCUAUACAAGUAGAAGUGAAUCUAUAUGAAACAGAGAGCAACUAACAAGCGGAUGCCGAUGGCAAACAUUAUAGAAGACAUUUUUAUAAGUAGUUUUAACUUUAAAACAAAAUCGUAAGGAUAAAUAAUAAGAGAGUGGAGUAAUAUAAAGUUACAAAAGUGAAAA